UCCAAGGAGCACAUGCAGCCCCCCUGCCCGGCUCCACUGCCAGCUCCCGGGGGUCUCCCAUUUGCACCGCACUGGUGCAUUGCGGACAUCCACCCACUGCAUCCCCGCCCCCCGGUGCCCCAGACCCCCCAGCCCGUGCCCCGCACUCCCGACCUGCAGCCCGCGUUCAAGUCUCGCGAGAAAAAAGAAAAGCAGGUCUGCCUUGAGAAACAAGCCCGACCCAUUUCACAGCGGGGGGAGUCGGGGCUGGUGGGGGGCGCGGCACCCCGGCACGGCGGGGGAAGAGCGCAGCCCCGCAGGCGGGGGGCGCGGGGCUGCCUUGGUGCAGCAGCGGGGUCUGGAGGGAGGAGGGGGAGGCUGCAGGGGGAGCCCCCCCGGGUGCAGGGGGCAUUGCUGGCGGGGGGGUCCUUUGGCAACCCUUGCAUCCCGGCUCGUGCGACCCGCGGCCCGGGCAGACGCAGCCCCGCAGCCCGUCUCCCCCGCGCAGCCCCCAGUGACACGUGGAUCUGGUCCCCGGUCCAGGCAGCGUGGCGGCGCAGGAGACGUGCUCACACACGGUGCAGCCCCGCGGGGCGCUGCAGGGACCGGCCGAGUCCCGGCUGCAGCAGCCGAAGGCCCGUGGCGCGGACAUGGCUCUGGAGGAGGGAGGACAGCGGGACGCCCCAGGGGCUCGGGACAAGCCACCUCGUGUCCCCAGAGAGGAGCCCCCGCCCGAGCAGCAGUCAGCUCCCGGCGGUGUUCGAGGCCGUGGCAGUGUAUUUCACGCGGGAGGAGUGGGAGCUGCUGGACGAUGAAAGCAAGGAGCUUUACCGGGACCAGAUGCUGAGGAAUUACCAAGCCCUCGUUUCCCUGGGAUACCGAGGUCCCACCCCUGACUUAAUCUGCCAGCUCCAGCAAGGCCAGGGGGAGCUCGGGGGCUGUGCUGGGCAGGAGCCCGGGGAAAGCUCACGGCGGGAGGACCUGGCUGCAGCAGGUGCCUGGCUGCCUUCCCGAGCUGAGCAGCAGACUUCUGCAAACCUGGAGCCCCCACAGACUUGCCCAGGGAGUCAGGCUGAGAUGGAUGCCCUGAGACCUGAGGAUGCCCAGUGGCACCAGAGUGAGGGGAGGCCCCAAAAGCAGAAGGAGCCCUGCCCCCAGCACAGGAAAACCUUAAACUGCCCUAGGGCUUUGCACAAGAUGAGGCAGUCUGGGGAGAAGCCCCACGUGUGCGCAGAGUGCGGGAAGAGCUUCCCCUGUCUCUUGACCCUGAGCACUCACCGCAGGGUGCAUUGUGGAGCGCCCACCCACCGCUUCACCCAGCGUGGGAAGAGCCUGGUGUGCAGCUCGGGUCUGGUCAAGCACCAACCUGUGCAGGGGGACAAGCAUCAGUACCGCUGUGUCCCGUGUGGUAGGACCUUCAGCCAUUUUUCCUCCCUGGCUCAGCACUGGCGCGUCCAUUUGGGCAGGAAGAUGCACCGCUGCACCAAGUGCAGGAAGAGCUUUGCCACCCGGCAAGACCUGUCCCAGCACCAGUGUGUGCAGAGCGGGCAGCAGCCACACCACUGCACCGAGUGUGGAAAGAGCUUCAGGCAGCCCUCCAACCUGGCCAGGCACCAGCGCAUGCAUACAGGGGAGAAGCCACAUCAGUGCUCGGUGUGCGGGAAGAGAUUCACCAGAUCCAGGUCCAUGGCCGAGCACCACCGUAUCCACACAGGGGAGAAGCCGCAUCAGUGCUCGGUGUGUGGGAAGAGAUUCAGGAGUUCUGGCCGUAUGGCCCGACACCAGGUCAGCCACACCGGGGAGAAGCCACAUCAGUGCCCCAAGUGUGGGAAGAGCUUCGCCCAGUCUAGGUCCCUGGCCAUGCACCACCGUCUCCACACAGGGGAGAAGCCACAUCAGUGCUCGGUGUGUGGGAAGAGAUUCACUCAGUCUAGCCACCUGGCCCAGCACCACCGUAUCCACGGAGGGGAGAAGCCGUAUCAAUGCUCGGUGUGUGGGAAGAGCUUCACCAGAUCCAGCUCUAUGGCCCGGCACCAGCGUGUCCACACAGGGGAGAAGCCAUAUCAGUGCUCUGAGUGUGGGACGAGAUUCACCCGAUCCAGCUCCCUGGCCAAACACCAGCGUGUCCACACAGGGGAGAAGCCACAUCGGUGCUCUGAGUGUGGGACGAGAUUCACCCGAUCCAGCUCUCUGGCCAAACACCAGCGUGUCCACACAGGGGAGAAGCCACAUCGGUGUUCGGUGUGUGGGAAGAGCUUCACCAGAUCCAGCUCCCUGGCCAAACACCAGCGUGUCCACACAGGGGAGAAGCCACAUCGGUGCUCGGUGUGUGGGAAGAGCUUCACCAGAUCCAGCUCCCUGGCCAAACACCAGCAUGUCCACACAGGGGAGAAGCCAUAUCAGUGCUUGGUGUGUGGGAAGAGCUUCACCAGAUCCAGCUCCCUGGCCAAACACCAGCAUGUCCACACAGGGGAGAAGCCACAUCGGUGCUCGGUGUGUGGGAAGAGCUUCACCCGAUCCAGCUCCCUGGCCAAACACCAGCGGGUCCACACAGGGGAGAAGCCACAUCGGUGCUCGGUGUGUGGGAAGAGCUUCACCAGAUCCAGCUCCCUGGCCAAACACCAGCGUGUCCACACAGGGGAGAAGCCACAUCGGUGCUCGGUGUGUGGGACGAGAUUCACCCGAUCCAGCUCCCUGGCCAAACACCAGCACGUCCACACAGGGGAAAAGCCAUAUCAUUGCUCUGAGUGUGGGACGAGAUUCACUCGAUCCAGCUCCCUGUCUAAACACCAGCGCGUCCACACAGGGGAGAAGCCACAUCAGUGCUUGUUGUGUGGGAAGAGCUUCACCAGAUCCAGCUCCCUGUCCCAGCACCAGCGCAUCCACACAAGGGAGAAGCCGCAUCACUGCUCUGAGUGUGGAAGGAGCUUCAGGCACUCCUCCAGCCUGGUCCUGCACCAGCGCAUCCACACUCAGGAGCAUCCAUAAUUCUCCUAGCAAUGCAGGAUGGACUUGUGGAUGCUGACCUGCUUAGUCCUCUCCAGUGGCUGCAUUCAGGCAAUCAGACUCAUGCUGCUGUAUUGCAGAAAGCGGUCACCCAGCCUUCGGCCCGUGUAGACAUAGAGCUAGGACUAGGGUCCAAGAUCAAAGAUAAUAAAAAGUCCUUUUUCAAAUAUAUAGGGAGGAUGAAGAAGGCACCAGGAAAUGUGGGGCCCCUGCAAGAUGCACUGGGCAAUCUGGUGGUUGCGCCAGAGGAGAAGGCAGACCUCUUUAACAAAUUCUUCACCUCCGUUUUCUUGUGCAGGGACCGGGACUCCCCCACCGUGCUUCAAGACGGACUCAAGGGGAACGCCUCCAGACCUAAGGUUGAGGAAGACCAGGUUAGAGUGCUUCUGGAGGGGCUGGACGUGUUCAAGUCAGCAGGUCCAGAUGCUCUCCACCCCAGGGUGUUGAGGGAGCUAGCAGGGGUUAUUGCAGGGCCCUUGGCAUGGCUUUACGAGCGCUCGUGGUGCUCGGGCCAGGUGCCAGAUGACUGGAAGAUAGCCAAUGUGGUCCCCAUCUUUAAAAAAGGGAGGAGGGAGGACCCGGGCAACUAUAGACCCAUCAGUCUUACCUCAAUCUUGGGGAAACUCUUUGAGAAGAUCAUCUAGGAGCACAUCUGUGAUGGGCCGGCAUCGGGGAUGAUGCUCAAGGGCAACCAGCACGGUUUCAUUGGGGGCAGGUCCUGUCAGACCAACCUGAUUGCCUUUUACGAUCAGGUCACAAAAGCAUUGGAUGCAGGUGUCGCCGUGGAUGUAGUCUUUCUGGACUUCAGCAAGGCCUUUGACACUGUCAACCACCCCAUCCUCAUUAAAAAACUAGGCGACUGUGGGA